AUGCCAGACGCGGGCGAUUCCGAUCUCCUCUAUUGUUCUCGUAGGUACCAUCUGGUGGAUUGUUCUUCGUUGAUUCAUUCCUUUGAUUUGUUACCCAGCAAAUCAAACAUCAUUGGAAAUAUUCACAGUAGGCUUAAAGUUGAGGUGAAAGGAUGCCUCGUGAUUUGGCACGGUCGCAAUCACGGUCGCCUUCAUAUAGGCGAAGGCGUUCACCGUCUCCAGUGGGGCAUAGGGGUAGCAGGAGAAGCCGAAGAGACAGAAGCCGGUCUCCGUAUUCCUCGUAUUCUUAUAGCAGGUGAUGGGUGCCGUUGGGUGUCCUUUUGUUGCUCGAUUGUGACAUUUGCUUCUUCAUGUGAUAAAAGAUGGAGCACACAAAGGUUAUACUUAACAAUACGGAAAAGUCGUUCUAUCUCCCCUAAACGUCGUAAAAGUCGUUCUCCAACUCCAAGACGUCGUAAAAGUCGUUCUCCAACUCCAAGACGUCGUAAAAGUCGGUCUCCAGUCCUGAAGCGUUAUAAGAGACAAAGAAGUAGGAGCUCCUCAUUGUCUCCUAUUCGUAAAUCUUCUACUUCAAGUCUUGGAUUGUUGGAGCAGAAAAAUGCCAGUGAGAAAUUGAGAAAGGAAGAAGAAGAAGAGAAGAAAAGGCGGCAACAAGAAGCAGAAUUGAAACUGCUAGAAGAAGAGACUUCAAAGAGAGUGGAAGAAGCAAUACGUACAAAAGUUGAAGAGAGCUUGAACUCCGUGGAGAUUAGAGUGGAAAUACAGAGGCAGUUGGAGGAGGGACGGAAGAAGCUUCUUACUGAAGUUGCAGCACUACUUGAGAAAGAAAAGGAAGCAGCUCUUAUUGAAGCUAGAAAUAAGGAGGAACAAGCUCGAAAAGAGAAAGAAGAAUUGGAAGGGAUGCUUGAAGAGAACCGGAGGAGAGUAGAAGAAGCUCAAAGAAGGGAAGCUUUGGAGCAGCAGCGGAGGGAGGAGGAGCGGUACAGGGAGCUAGAAGAGCUCCAGAGACAAAAAGAAGAGGCAUUGCGAAGGAAGAAACAAGAGGAGGAGGAAGCACGGGUGAACCAAAUGAAAUUGUUGGAUUCUUUAUGGAACAUGGCUUCGAUCCGAUCAAUAUGUCUUGACUUGGUUGCACGUUUGUACCUUUCUUGUCUGACUGUCCCGUAUAGAAUGUCCAUCCGAAGCCUACGCAUGGAGAAAUCCUCCAAGGCGUUGUAUUCCUUUCGUAUGAGGUUUGCUCCUUCUCUUUGCUGCAAUCUUGCAACACUGAGUCGCCUUCCUUUCUCUGUCCUUGUGAUGCCUCAUGUGGCCAAGCCAAAGCUUUCAAUGGCGAACCCUUUUUCCACAUUACUUGCAGAGGCUUUCUUUCCCCUGAACCUUCAACCUUUCAGCAUGAAAUUGGCAAGACCUUUUGGUGGGUUGGAGAGCAGAGAGAUACUGAAGGAAGGAGCGGUGAAACAUCUUCGUACUGGUGGUGGUGUUAUUGCAGUUGAGCCGCCUGGAGAAGUUCAGUCCGAUAUGAUCCCUGUAACUGCUCCAGAUUUAGCUCUACUAAAGCUAGGAAAGUGA